AUGGCUUGCAAGGCGACGUCUUCGAGAGCUAAAACCAUCUCGGGUACACAUAUAGAAGCACGCUCCGUGGGACAUUUGCAAAAGCUGAACAAAGGACUGGAAAACAAAAUUAUUUCGUUGCAGCAAAAGCUUGAUUUUAUGGUAUGUAUAGUCUCUUUUUUUUUCAAAAAACAUCAGUUUCUGCUCGUGCAGGAUAUUUUGAAUUUCUGCUGUCUUUUUCUGUUUCAGACUGCAGAGAAUAACCGAUUAUGGACAAUUUCAGCAGAAGUUGACAAAUUGCGCGCCGAAUUGCUCAGUUUGGAAACAGAAAGGCGUGUUUUGCUGCUGUCAAAAGCUCGUGCAGAUGAACUGGAAGCAAAACUGAAGCUACUAGAUGUUGAUCGCAAAGAACAGGCAGCGCUGAAUGCUAGUCUGGAGAGUGAGCUCAGGGAAGCGAGAAAUGAGUUAAAACAGGUGAACAAAUUAUUCCGGCAAGUUAGAUACUUUGUUUUAUUAUGCUGCUUGCAUUUAGAAAGAAAUCGUCGUGCGGCAGCCGAACAGGAAAUUUCGCAGAUGCGCGAGCAGCUUCUCGCGAAUGCGAGUCUUCUUGCCAGCCCAGCGCUCAGUCGAGCUGGAAGUAAAUCAUUAUUCGUUUCGUAUUUUUACUUGCUUCAUUUCUAA